CCAGCCUCCAGUCCGGCAAUGACGGCCGAACCCGCGGGUUUUUAGGUCGCACCAACACCAGGAACUACGGCAGUACCGGAGAGGUAUCUGGCAGACAGAAAAAUAUAUUCAGCAGAGGGCAGCAAGAAUGACGUCCACCAACUCCAGCCGCUAGACGUGAAGCAUAUGCUUUUAUUUUGAAAGGAGCUGCUCCUCCAAAAUGGCCGACAUCUUACAGAACGUUAUGGACCAUGCUGUCGCUGUGGCGCGAAAAGCUGGAGAGGUGGUGCGCAAGGCUCUGCAUGAUGAGAGGAAGGUGAUGACGAAGAGUUCAGCCGUCGAUUUAGUGACUCAAACUGACCAGAAGGUGGAGCAGCUCAUCAUCCAGUCGGUGAAAGAGAAGUUCCCUGAGCACAGGUUCAUAGGGGAGGAGUCGGUAGCGGCAGGUGAGCCUUGCAUCCUGACUGAUGAUCCCACAUGGAUCAUCGACCCCAUCGAUGGAACAACCAACUUCGUUCACGCGUUUCCCUUCGUCGCCGUCUCCAUUGGCUUCUCCAUCAACAAACAGGUGGAGGUGGGCGUGGUCUACAGCUGUCUGGAGGACAAGAUGUUCACAGCAAGGCGGGGGAAGGGAGGCUUCUGUAACGGAGAACCUGUGCAGGUUUCUGAUCAGACAGACGUCCAUCAGUCCAUCAUCGCUACAGAGUUUGGAUCCAGUAGAGACCCAGAAGCUGUGGACAAGAUCUUCUGCAGCCUCAGGAACAUCCUGACCCUGCCAGUCCACGGCGUCCGCGGCGCCGGCACCGCAGCCAUCAACAUGUGUCUGGUGGCCUCGGGCUGUGUGGAGGCGUAUUAUGAGAUCGGGAUGCACGUGUGGGACCUGGCGGCGGCGUCUCUGCUGGUGACGGAGGCCGGGGGCGUCCUGAUGGACGUGAAGGGAGGCGACGCCGACCUGAUGUCCCGCAGGAUUGUUGCUGCCAACAACAGAACCAUCGCAGAGCGCAUCGUCAAGGAGAUCGUCCCCUUCAGCCCGACCAGAGACGACGCCCCCCCCCACAACCGCUGAGCGCUUUCUGCCUUCAUCCAUAAACGUUCUGACCCCAGCAAACGUGUCCGGCUCUUACUUCUGUCCCCCCCCCCGCUGCUCCAGGUUCCUCCUGAGAACAAAACCUGAUGUGUUCCCCAGCAGCAGGUCAGAGUCUCUGAGAAACCAGACGGACGUUUUGGGUGAGGCAGCAGCUCAGAGUGCAGCUCACAUCGUUCCAGUUUAUAGUACCAAACAAUAAGCUAAAAGGUGCAGAUAGUCCUCAGCGUCUGGUAGCAGUCAGGUAAAACAACGAUAUGAAAGUUUUAACAUCGGUUUUAUAUUUGAGCUAAUAAAGGCUAAAUCUAAAAUCAUGA